CACCCAUUCAGUUGAUAGCUGAUAACGUGCGGUUAAAGACUUGCUUUUACCUUGGAUUUACAUUACAAAAGGGACAGCUGGAAUAUGUUUCCACCACGAAAAACCGCUGCAAUAAUAUAUCUGGUUUUACUUAUUUCCAAGACGUACACCCAGUCUUCACAACAAAUAUUCUAUAAGACAUUUGAUACCCUAGAUUUAGGGCUUGAGAUCGCCGAUGUCCAUUAUGAUCCUAUGCACAAUAUUUAUCCAGUUAUUCAUCUACCUAGCUCUUGCCCAUUUAGCCCCGUAGAAUCCUGUGAUGACAGGGAUUUUUACUGGGAACUGAUUGAAGAGCGAUGCAAUCUGAGUGCCUAUUGUCCAAGCGGAACACAUGCGCAGUGUGUGGAAAACAAAGAAAAUGCUUGGAAUGACGUGCUUUUGUUGUGCGGACCAGUUGGGAACUGUGAUAGAGAUGCUCGGGGUGUUGUAUACUUUGACAAGAGCCAACCAAACGUGUAUCUUCUUGGUAAAAAGAAAUGUGAAGAUGGUCACUAUCACUCUAAUGAUAAGAUUUGCUUUGGUGAUUGUACCUUAGAUAACAAGAUUCGUAUACUUCAUAAAAGUACACCAUUAACACCAGCUUUGGUAUUUUGUAACUACCAGAUUGAUUACUGCAACGCUGAAAAGCCGAAAAUCUUUAAGCUAACAGAUUAUUCCGACACAUGUUACUUAGCAUAUGAAAGAGAGCACCCACCAUGCCCUCCUGGAACGGAAAGAUUGUCUGACUGUUCAUGUGCCGACCUGUGUAGUGACGGAUAUGUCAGGGAUCCAACAAACGAUUUUAAAUGCAAAAUAAGUUCGCAACUUCUUGUUUCUACGGAUGAAGAUCUUUUUAGAACGAAGAUUAAUAUUGAACAUCAUGCAGAAGGGCUACGUCUGUCUUGGAGAUUUUCCUUUGAAAAUGGGAUUUGUGUCAAUAUUCUAAAGGUAAAGUACCGGAAGGCAGGGAGAAUCCGAGAACAUUCUUUAGAUGACAUUAUUUUAGAUAAUGGGUAUCCUGAACAUAUUGAUAUUGAACCAUUGUUUCCCGGAAAAACAUACGUCAUCAUAGUUAAGGUUAUAUAUGAACAUGAUGGCAACUUGAGGAACAUUACUUUACAAAGAACAGGAACAGUGCGACCAAAUCCCGUUGAUAAUUUAACAGUUCGUUUUACUGGUAGAAACAUAGAGUUAAGAUGGGAGACUCCAAAAGGAAGUAGACAUGAUCACUAUAGUGUAGAAUACCGGAUGGUUCGGAGAAAUCGGAAACCUUCCUGGUUAAAUAACACAACUCGUGAUUGUAAAUAUACAUUGCAUCACCCUUUCCCAGGGGAAGAAUACGAAAUUCGUGUUCAUUCCGUAAGCAGUCGUACUUCUAGUGUGGACAGGGCUGUAAGUCUAGUCAUCCCGCCACUGCCACCUGAAACACUUCAUGAUCAUUUCCCGUCGCCGUCUACACAUGAUGUGACUGUAUUCUGGUUUAAAAAUGACACAAGGAGUCACGUAGAAAAAUGGAAUCUGAGAUAUAACUCAAGUAACGGUGACAACGGUCAGAUGGAUAUACCUCUUCCGGACAAUGGAAACCGUGUGCAGGCUACAUUUUCCAAUUUUCAAAGUGGGCAAACAUAUAGGAUUUUUGUAUAUAGUCUAGUCGGUGCUAUGUGGUCAGCCGUGCCUGUUCACAUCGAUAUCAAAAUACCUGUAAAAGAGGAGAAUGGAGGUGUUCACAAUGUGAUGUGGAUAAUUUUAG